GAUAUUUUCCAUUAUUUAUUUUGUAUAGUUAGAGGAUUUUACAACCAUUAACUCAAGACAACCACUCAAUAUUAAUGCUUCUUUAUUUUUAUUCAAUUCUCACCCACUUUAUGUAAUCGAUAUUCCCUCGGCAAAUAUUUAACUUAAGGUGAUUUGCCAGUAAAAUCAACCAAGUUACAACUUCGGUCAUUGCCAAAAACUCAACCACAUAUCAAACUAAGAGAGAUGGAAGAAGAACUCAAGAGUUUGAUAAAAGUAUUGGUUCUUACAAUAAUCUCCAUAUCUUAUUGUUACUAUUUGCCACCCAAAAUCAAACCAGGACUUCCUCGAUUCCUCUCUGUUUUCCCCAUCCUUACUUUGUUUCUUGUUCUUCCUCUGUUUUUCUCCACUGUGCAUUUAUCUUUCAUCACAGCAUUUUUCCUCACAUGGCUCGCAAAUUUCAAACUCAUCCUCUUCUCCUUUGAUAAAGGUCCUCUAAUCCCAAUUCCCUCAAAUCUCUCCCGAUUCCUCUGCUUUACUUGCUUCCCAAUCAAAGCCCAGCAAAACCCUAAACCUCAGACCCAUUUGCCCAUAUUGGUUUUCGCCACUAAAGUUGCUAUCUUUGGUGUGUUAUUACAUUUGUAUGACUACAAACAAACUCUGCCUCCUCUUCUGCUAUUGGGACUCUAUUUUUUACAUCUAUACCUAGAGAUUGAGAUUAUUCUGACGUUACUCAAAGUUUUUGUUUCUAUCUCUCUUGGCUGUGACCUUGAGCCACAGUCUAAUAAACCAUACUUAGCCACAUCUCUACAAGACUUCUGGGGUCGCCGAUGGAAUAUUAUUGUUCCUUCGAUUCUCCGGCCAGCCGUUUACACACCAAUGCGGCAAGUCUCUGAACGUCGAAUGAGCUCCGAUUGGGCUCUGUUUUCUGGUAUCUUGGUGACGUUCAUCGUCUCCGGUUUGGUUCACGACUUGCUUUUCUUCUAUUUAACUCGUGAAAUGCCCACAGGGGAAGUUACUUUGUUUUUCAUAUUACAUGGCGUUUGCCUUGCGGCGGAAUUGGCGGUGAAGAAGAAGACGACGGUGAUGCAGCGGUGGCGGUUGACUCCGGCGGUUUCGAGGAUACUCACAGUGGGGUUUGUGUUUGUAACUGGUUCUUGGUUGAUGACACCUCAGCUUGCAAGGAGCGGCGUUAUGGAGAAAUACAUCAACGAAGCUUUGUUUUUCGUUAGUUUCGUAAAGCACAAGUUAUUUUAGUCUCUUGGGGAUAUUUGAAACGAGUGUUAGUUAAUUAAGCACAAGUUAACAUUAUUUAGCCUUUUAAGAGUGUUUACAAUCUGUACUUUGGUUUGGUUUAAUUCUUGUUUUAGAAAAGAAAAGGAUAGGACAGUUUCAUUCAUUAAAAAUGUUUGACAGAAA